CUUGUUCUCUUGUGCCCUCCUCCUCCUCCUCCUCCUCUCUCUCCUCUUUCUCUCUUUAACCGUAUAUAUAUUUCCAUACGUAUAUUUGGUACUUCUCAUUUUUCACCUUGUACCGCACUUCAUAACCUCCUCCUCAUCAACUCAUUCAAACUUCACAACCCUCAUCACCAAAACACACAAAUAUGAUAGACUCAACCCCUCCUCUCCAACACCAUUACAAAUCCCUCGUGCGCAACCAUCAUUGCCAAGGCAUCGACCGCGGACAAGGAGGAGCGGUCACGGAAGAAUGCCAGCUCCCGUUGAUAGACCUCAACGGGCUGAAUAGCCUCGACGAGAGGGAGAGGCUAGAAUGCACUGCAGCCAUCUGCAGAGCGUCGUCGGAGUGGGGUUUUUUUCAAGUGGUGAACCACGGGAUAAGCUCCGAGCUACUACGGAAUAUGCGGACGGAGCAGCUCAAACUGUUUGGAGCGCCCUUCGAAUGGAAAGCUACUUGCGGGCUGCUUAAUAAUUCGUACAGGUGGGGGACACCGACCGCUACUGGUCCGACUCAGUACUCUUGGUCCGAAUCUUUUCACAUUCCUGUCACAAAAAUAUCGGACCAAGCUUGCUAUGGGGACGAUUUUAGCUCGCUCAGGGAAGAGAUGGAGGAAUUUGCAGGAGAAAUGUCAAACCUAGCGGAGUUGCUAGCCGGGAUCCUAGUGAACAACCUGGGACACCGGAAGGAAGCGCUGCAAGACAUUUGUGACUCGAGCACUUGCUUUCUCCGAUUGAACCGCUACCCGGCUUGUCCGAUAUCACCGGAGAUGUUCGGCUUAGUGCCUCACACUGACAGCGAUUUCCUCACAAUUCUAAGCCAAGACGAAGUGGGAGGACUUCAGCUCUUGAAAGACUCCAAAUGGGUUGCUGUAAAACCCAACCAAGAUGCACUUAUCGUAAACAUCGGAGAUCUUUUUCAGGCGUGGAGCAAUGACGUGUACAAAAGUGUGGAGCACAAGGUGAUGGCAAAUGAGAAGAGGGAACGCUACUCAAUAGCAUACUUCAUGUGCCCUUCCUACGACUCUUUAAUCGGCAGUUGCAGAUCACAGUCUUCCAUCUAUAGAAACUUCAGUUUUCGAGAUUACAGAAACCAAGUCCAGCAAGAUGUUCAGAAACUUGGACGCAAAGUCGGCCUUUCGAGAUUCCGUCUUCGAUAGCAACCACGAAAGCUCUAGAAUGGACCGGCACAUAAUAUGUAUCAAGUGCAAAAUGAAUGAAAUGUACGCUUAAACAUCCAACCCCUAAAGAUUCCGAUGCGUACUAUAUUUGAUUCAUACUAUAAAACCGGUGCAGCCUGCAGCAUAAAAAAUAGGGGCAUUUUGAUAUAGAUGCCUCAAAUUUGAAUUUUUUUAAUCAAACAUCUGUAACUUUUAAACUUUUGAUCAAACAUUCUUCUACUA